GCGUUGAGAAUGGUUGCAAGUGUUUUGUGGAAUGUUCGCUACGAGGAAAUUCGUGUGAGCGUCGGUGCACGCCAAGGUCGCGUGCUAGUUAACCAAGGUCGCCUCCUGCGUGCCGUGAAUCGAUCGGAAGGGCUCACCCCGCGUCUCACCCUGUUUUCCGACCAAAUGCACGGAAGAAAACGCAGCUUUUGAAAUCAUUUCCAGGUUUCAAAGGGAAUGAACAUUUCGUCGAUAAAACAGGCGACUGCAGAUCGCCUUAAAGUUUACCGCUGUUUUCCUGAGAUGGCGAGUCGGAUUCUGUAAUUGGUCGCGGUUGGGUGUUCGCCGGUACCAGCUGGUGUUGUUCGAAAGGAGGAGAAAACACAGACAUAUCGUAUACUUCAAAAGCAUGAUUUUCCGUGUCUAACAAUCGUGCGACUGAACGCUACUAUGAACGCGAUUACUCUGAUUGCGCUGCUGUUUCUCGCUGAAUCGUGCCACGGUACUCUGUCACCACCAGCAGGGAAGAAUAAGAAAGAGAAAGGAAAAGCCAACGAUAAGUUGCUCAAGGGUCCCGUGGACCAAGAUGUUUUCCAUAGGAACUUAGUGGUGGAGAAUCCUAAGCAGCAGGACAUUCUUCGCGAGUCUGGUCAGCACUAUCAAGAUACGGAGCACAGGAGAUUCAAGGGGGACGUUCUGGGAUAUUGUACACCUUGGAACGGAAAUGGCUACGAAGUUUCGAAAACGUUUCACGGUAAGUUUACGAUAGUAUCGCCGGUAUGGCUCACUCUCUCCUUUGGCAACACGUCGACCUACCAAUUGUCCACUCACUCCGUUCAGAGUAAGUGGAUAAAGGAGAUGAGAAGCAACAACAACGCCAAUCACAGAGUGAAACUUAUGCCCAGGAUAUUGUUCGAGCACUGGGCGCUCGAGGACAUUAUGAGGCUAGUGAGCCAUACAGAGAGCCAGAAUCACUUAGUAAUAUCUCUCUUGAAUACCGCCGAGACUUUCCAUUUCGAUGGGUACGUCUUGGAAAUAUGGAAUCAGUUUGUUUACGAUGGUGCGAAUCUACCUACCGUCACCUCCAUCGUGAAAACCAUCGCGCAGAGACUCGGCAAACACAAUUUAGAUGUUAUACUAGCGAUACCACCGUCUAGAGGCGCACAGGUGGAGUUGUUCACGCGGCAGCAGUUCAACGAUUUGGCGCCGUACGUGAGAGCCUUCUCGCUCAUGACUUACGAUUACUCGAAUAUCCAGAAACCGGGCGCGAACAGUCCUCUCGAUUGGGCCAGGCAGUGUGUGGAGACGUUAGCCCCGGAGAAGGACGAUCCCAGACGAGCUCAGAUCCUGCUGGGUAUCAAUUUUUACGGUUACAAUUACACGCCGGAAGGCGGUAGGGCGAUUCUCGCCUCCGAGUAUUUGGACAUACUGAAGUCGUUCAAGGGGAAGAUUCGGUGGGACGACAACAGCAAGGAACAUUUCUUCGAAUCAAAAUUACCUGGAGGUAACGGCUAUGUCUUCUAUCCUACUUUAUAUUCCAUCAAGCACCGACUGGAUCUUGCCAGCGAACUGGGUACGGGGAUCUCGAUCUGGGAACUCGGCCAGGGAUUGAACUAUUUCUAUGACUUGUUGUAAAUGGUCAAAUAACUUUGCACUUUUACAUAGUCAGGAUUUCUUAAGACUUGUAUAUGUAGAGAGAGAGGGAGAGAGAGAGAGCGUGUACAUAAAAGAGCAGCGAAAUAUAUGUUCCAACAUUUUUUAAG